AUGAUUUGGGCUUCGCUUCGGGCAGACGAUGUACAAGGCAUUUUGCCUCACACUAUGAUUUUCAAUGGGAUUGGACUCAGUGCUGUGUUGGGGAAGACGAAGACUACUGGGCCAGACAGAAAGACCAAAGAAGUGAAAAUCUUCGUUGCAAGGGAGGUGAGUUUGACAGGAGUUGACUGGCUCAAGUUGGGUUACGAGAUCUGGAAGGGCUAUGACAAGCCCCGGGACUUCUUGGUUAUGGAAGCUUCUUCUGAUUGGACCGAGCCCACUGGUCGUGGGGUGGAGCCAUGCACUUUGACAUUGUAUCUCAGACAGAUAUUUCGAGAGCUGAAGGCACCACGCCUUACCAGCAGCGGUUGGAGGUCAGAUCCCAGGGGCAUGCUUUACCCAAAGGGUCUUGAAGGGAGUUUGACUGGGCACGCUUUCAGAGAUUGGCUGCCUUCUUUAGCUGCGGCCUUGGGGGUGCCGAAGCCCGACCGAGAUUUUCUGGGGCGAUGGGCCAUCAAUAAUUCGGGUGGUUCUGCAGACUACGUCAGGACGUCCAGAGAUGUGGUUCAGCGGGUGCAAGGGCUGGUGGCGUCCAGCCUUGUCACGGGCGAGCCAAGGCCGUACCUAGAGCAUGAAGCCUUGGAGCGAGUUUCGCAGCUUAUGAACUUGAUUGAUGGUAGAGGAUCACAUGUUCGCAAUUUACACGAUGUUUUGCGCAAGUCCAGUGGGCCGCCAAGGCUGGGUGGUAAGUGGCCCACGUUUAUCCCUCAGGUCGACGAGGACGAGCAAGAAGGUCCCCACGAUCCGGUGGCCCAGGGUCACCAUGAGGGGGAUGAGACUUCAAAGUAUUUCAUCACGGUCUCAAGGGCUCAGAUGGCUGUGUCGGAUGAAGACAAGAGGGCUGCCGUGGCCCUUGCCAACUCAGAUCUGCAGUAUGUACUUCAGGAAGCUGGGGCGGACUUGAGCACCCAGUAUGCCGUGUGCUCGCUGCACACAACGAUCAGGCGUUUUCAGGCAAUCGCAGACACAAGGUCAGAGGCGAGGCAGGCCGCCGCGCGGGACUUCGGUUGCUCUUCGGACACAGCUGCCGGUCGGCAGCAGCAGGCAGCGGUGGUUGCUGCAUGGGAGCUUGCUAAAGAGGUCUCAGCUAAGGAGGUUGAGCUUCGCGCAGAGUCAAAAGUCCUCGGACAGCCCAGGGUUCUUCAGGUUCAGGGCGAGACGCCAUCAGCAGAGUACCUUGCUCUCAAGGCCGAGGAGUGCGAGAUUAAUGAGCCGACUGCAUCCCCACUUGAUUGCAUCAGUGCCAAGCGCGACAAUCUUGAGAGCCAGCUUCAGAGCACUGUGGAUGCUCACGGCCACAUCCGAAUCACUAAGGUUAAGCAUAAGCUUGAGGUGCCCGUCAACAGUGAGCAUUACCGUCGCAUAAUGAAGAUUGAGAUGUAUGCAUGGCUGGCUAUGGCUGCACGCUUCAAAGCCAAGCCGUGGCUUCAGGGUCUAAGUGUAACACCUUUCUUGAAGUUCACUGAUUACAUUCUUGGGGAGCGGGUCUCGCAACUGAAAAUCCCCACUGCUCAGGGUGGUGAUCAGAACUCGGGCUUUCGCCCACCCUGGACAACGGUAUUGGCUUACGAGUUCAGGCUUCGCAAAGAGGCUUUCAGAUUGGUGAACGAGGAAGGUUCCACAUUGGCCGAUGCCUUGGCAAAGGUGUGCAAAGACACGGAGCUGAAGGAGGUCUACUUCACUACGCCCUUGGCCCUUGCCAGUGCUGAAGGCGGGAUCCGUAAGUACUUCAAGGGAGGCGGCAAGGACCCCAGGAAAGGCUUGAAGGGUCUCACACCUGGCAAGGGCGACGGCAAGGGUGACGGGAAGGAUCGCAAGGGUCGUGACACAGGUGGGUCAGGCUUUGGGGGUAAGACUCCGGGCAUGUUUGCGGGAUUCACGCUGCUUACCCACACCCCGGACGGCCGUCAGAUCUGUUAUGCUUUCAACAGUGCCAGGGGAUGUAAGGGAAAUUGUGGGCGUGUGCAUGUUUGUCGUGUCAAGGGCUGUGGCAAACAGCACGGUGUGCAUCAGCAUCCUGGGGCGUCUGCUGCUCCAAAGGAUUCCACGGGCGGUGCCGAUCAGACCGAGAACUUUUGCGCGAAGGCCGGUGGCUGCUCUAUUGCACCUUGCCGGCGAGUACUUUCAGUCGCUCUCGGCAUCAUCGGCCGGGGCCUCCACCACUGCGCAGCCAUGAGCAUCCUUAUGGUUUCCCUUGGUUGCGACAAUCUUUUGCACAGCAAGUCCAUCUUGAUAACGAUUUCAUUUUUCAAGCCGUUGCUUCAGCGCAUGUUUGCUUUGAUUUUGGCAGUGUUGCCUGCUUCCCCAUGGGAGUGGGCUGAGGUGCUUGAUCUGAUUCCGCGCGGAGCUGACUUCCGUCGUUGGAUGAUGAUGGGCGCUAUCGCGGCCCUCUGCCGCCCCGUUGCGGCCAUAAGCAUGCUGAUCUUUUGCGUUCGCAGCCCAGCGGCUGGCAGUCGGGCAACCUUGCUCGCUUUACGCCGGAACUUUGUGCUUUUGUGGCCAGAGCCGCCCUGGCAGAACCAUCUGCUUGAGUUGUACAAGCUCCUUCCGCGGGAGAAGCCACCGAGGCUACUCUGUGCAUAUUGGAAACAGGUGCUUCCCUCGCACACCUUCACAACAAUCACUUUGCUUGAGGAUGUGCAAACUCCCCUGCACCGCGAUGGGAGAAACGGCUCGACACACAACGCCAUUUUGGCAGUGUCGGACUUUGAGCAAGGGGGGCUCUGGCUCGAAGAUGAGCAUGGGGACGAAACCCGUCUCCUGGAUGGCCAGGAACUACGAGGCAAGGUGCAUCAGAUCACGAAGGAUCCUUUUGUCUUCGAGGCCAGGGAUAGGUAUCACUGCACUGAGCCCUGGAAGGGUCAUCGACUUGUCAUGGUUGCCUUCGCGGUCCCAGGAUACGAGAAACUUGAAUCGUCCGACCUAGCACUGGUCAGGGACUUGGGGUUCGUCUUGGGCAGUGAGUCGCAACUUGAGGGCAAAGCCGUGGCCUUCAGACCGGAGCUCUGCUGCAACCGUGGCAAUCCCAUCAACGUGAUGUGGGCUGGCGAUGAGUCGCCUUUCACGGAUGGCUUCGGCCUUUGCUCACCAUCCAGGCAGCCUUUCUAUCUCCCAGCUUUGGCCCGCACGGCAGAGUUGCUUGGUGAUCCAGACUGGGAGGUCAUCACGCAAGGCGAGGACAACUUUUGCACUGGAGUCCCAUUGGGCUGCGAGGAGGUUCUGCCACAGGUCCCACAGGUCUUUGACUUCAAACAUAAGUCGAGGACUUUGGAUGAAUCUGAGUUUGAUUGGGAUCGUACCAACUACAAAAGUGCUCAUGAGUUUGAGGGACCACUUCUUGAAAAGUUCCGAGAGGAGGAGCAGCUUGGGAGGAUGUUCCCGACAACGAUGGGUGCACUCAAAGAGCAGUUUGGUGCUGAGCGGAUUCGGAUAGCAAGCUUGGGCGCUAUUGGCAAACCCGACGG